UUGCUGCACAUAAAUAAAAGCCAGUUCGAUCGUUACAACACGUGUGUGCAAGAAGAUGGCACAACAUGAUAACAGUCAAACACCUAAAGACAAGAAAAAGCUGAAACAAAUUCAGACAUUGAUUAAGGGUGGGCGUCUUGAUGUGAAAGAGUUGAAGACAUUGAAGAAACUUGAGGCCAAAAUACAGAGAAGGCUGGCUGCUGAUCUGACGGAUGGUAGUGAGAUAGAGGAUACAGGUAAAGAGGUAAUAAGAAAAGCUGAUGGUUCCGGCAGAAAGAGAAAGCCAUCAAAACCUCUAGAGAUCAAAGGAGCAGAAGCAGCCAAGAAGAUCUGUACAGCUGCUGACGUCAGUGAUAAUGAUGUCAAUACAGAUACUGAUGAUGGCAGCUCAAGCACCUCAGGAGAAGACGAGGGAGACAACUCCGUUCAGACAAUGGAAAUAUCACAAUUGCCAGGAAGCAGUGUUGGAGCUGGCAUCGUGUCAGACAUGUCGUUUGCAAGUCUGAAGGGCAAAGUGGCAGAAAACACCUUGAAAGGAAUAGAAGAUAUGGGUUUCACCCACAUGACCGAGAUCCAGGCCAAGUCCAUUCCACACUUACUGGAAGGCCGGGAUCUCAUGGGAGCUGCCAAGACUGGAAGCGGCAAAACACUGGCGUUCCUUAUUCCUGCUGUUGACUUGAUGUACAAACUCAAGUUCAUGCCUCGCAAUGGAACUGGGUGUAUGGUUAUCUCCCCAACUCGGGAGCUGUCCAUGCAGACAUUUGGGGUGCUCAAGGAGCUACUCAAGUACCACUGCCACACCUACGGACUCAUUAUGGGGGGCACAGAUCGAAAACAGGAGGCCAAGAAGUUGGCGAAGGGAAUCAACAUACUGGUAGCCACCCCAGGCCGCCUACUUGACCAUCUGCAGAACACUCCAGACUUCAUGUUCAAGAAUCUCCAGUGCCUCAUCAUUGAUGAAGCUGAUCGAAUACUGGAUUUGGGAUUUGAAGAAGAAAUGCGACAGAUUAUCAAACUGUUGCCAAAGAGACGACAGACCAUGCUUUUCUCCGCAACGCCCACCAGAAAAACAGAAGAUUUGGCCCGAGUGUCCCUGAAGAAGGAGCCAUUGUAUGUGGGUGUUGAUGACCGGAAGGAAUCUGCCACAGUAGAGGGCUUAGAGCAGGGCUAUGUUGUAUCCCCAUCAGACAGACGAUUUCUUCUCUUGUUCACUUUCCUGAAGAAGAAUCGUAAGAAGAAGAUAAUGGUCUUCUUCAGUUCAUGUAUGGCUGUGAAGUUCCACAAUGAGCUUCUGAACUACAUUGACCUCCCCGUCAUGUGUAUCCAUGGUAAACAAAAGCAAAGUAAACGAACACAGACAUUUUUCCAGUUUUGCAAUUCCAAAGAAGCUAUAUUAUUGUGUACUGAUGUUGCUGCACGUGGCCUUGAUAUCCCGCUUGUUGACUGGAUCAUACAGUACGACCCCCCAGAUGACCCCAAGGAAUACAUUCAUAGAGUGGGCCGAACUGCACGAGGUGAUGGAGGCUGUGGACAUGCACUGCUCAUUCUUCGACCAGAAGAGCUGGGCUUCCUUCGAUAUCUGAAGCAAGCCAAAAUUCCACUUCAUGAGUUUGAAUUUGCAUGGAGUAAAAUCUCUAACAUCCAACCUCAGCUGGAGAAACUGAUAUCACAGAACUACUUUCUACACAAAUCAGCAGACUUGGCUUACAAGUCUUAUGUUCGGGCAUAUGCAAGUCAUAGCCUCAAACAGAUAUUUGAUAUCAGCACUUUGGACCUCAAGAAAGUGGCUCUCUCCUUUGGCCUGACAGUUCCUCCACAGACCAACAUGGAAUUAAAGGGAAGGGCAUCCUUACGUCGAGGACGUGAAGAAUCAUAUGGUUAUCGCAAGGACAAGUUUGGAAAGAAAGCAAAGAUGUUCAAACAAGUUGGUGGUAGACCAAAGAGGUAGAUGUGAGGUACACCAAGACUGAUUUACAGCUGUGAUGUGUCACACUGGCGGUCUAUACAAUGAAGUGUUGACAUGGCUGUCAAGAAAGUGAUGUGUCCAGUUGGCUUUCUAGACAGUGAUAAGCCGGCUGUCUAGACAAUGAUGUGUCCAAGUGGCAGUCUAGACAAUGAUGUGUCCAAGUAGCAGUCUAGACACAGAUGUGUCCAAGUGGCUGUCUAGACAAUGAUGUGUCCAAGUGGCUGUCUAGACAGUGAUGCGUCCUAGUGGCUGACUAGACACAGAUGUGUCCAAGUGGCAGUCUAGACACAGAUGUGUCCAAGUGACUGUCUUGACACAGAUGUGUCCAAGUGGCUGUCUAGACACAGAUGUGUCCAAGUGGUUGUCUAGACACAGAUGUGUCCAAGUGGCAGUCUUGACACAGAUGUGUCCAAGUGGCAGUCUAGACACAGAUGUGUCCAAGUGGCUGUCUAGACAAUGAUGUGUCCAAGUGGCUGUCUAGACAGUGAUGUGUCCAAGUGGCUGUCUAGACAGUGAUGUGUCCAAGUGGCUGUCUAGACAGUGAUGUGUCCAAGUGGCUGUCUAGACAGUGAUGUGUCCAAGUGGCUGUUUAGACAGUGAUGUGUCCAAGUGGCUGUUUAGACAGUGAUGUGUCCAAGUGGCUGUCAAGACGAGACUAGACUGUCCAUGUGGCUGUCUUAACUGCUGUUCAGACAGCAACACAAAUUUCAUUAUCAUUAUAUAUUUGCUGCUGCUGGACUCAUUAUGUCAUUAAAGAAUCAUAACUUC